AUGCAAGGCACGAGCGCCCCAUGUCCUCACCAGAGCAACCGGGGUGAAUGGCCGCAGAUGGACCUGCGCCACCUUCAGAAGACGCAGCAGACGGAUUGGCCAAUACCAAGUCCGUACUUCAUGCAGCCGGCAGUUGUCUGCCUCGAAGCCUGCCUUAAGCCGCCGCAUGCGCCGCCUGCUCUCGUGCCUGAGAGAUACCCUUCUCCGCGCUGCGUUUGCGCAAUGCCUUGCUUGACGCUUGGGCUCCGCGACUCUGCCUUCCACCUUUGCGCUGCGUGCACCGCAUGCGCCACUCCCACAAUCUUGGCAGGCACAGACGUUGCCUUGGUCCUACUUGGGCUUCGACUCUUUUUGCCCUGUCGUGGGCGGUUGGCUGUCGCAGCCGCUGUCCGCUUCAGUGCCUGA